CUCAUAUGGAACUAAUGGGAGAAUACAACGGGCUCUAAAAUGCAAACUAUGACCAUAAUGUUUACUGCUAGCAAGUGAAGCCAAGAAUAUUUAAGGUCAAAGUUUAGCAGCUUCCAGUUACAGACAAGUUUCUUCUUAUUGCACUGCACGCUCACACCUCCCACAUUCAGCGGCUCUCUGUCACGCUGUGGCUCUUUCCCUUUCACUGACCGACUUUUUUAACAAACGAUGUAACUCUUACUUACAUUAAUAGCAUCAAAUUUUGCAUUCAACUGAUGUAAGAGGAUGGCCGAGACAUUGCAUGUGCAAGCCUUGCAACACAUGAAUUAAAGGAAUAGCUAUUCAAGAGGUGUCUGGGCUUGAGUACGACUUGCAGGUCAAUCCCGUUUUUAACUUUGCCGACGCUGCGCAUCAUGAAUGAUAAAUGAUACAGUAAGUGGAAAUAUAUAUUAUACUAGAGGACACUUGCUUUUCUUAAAUCGCUCCUUAUCAUACGAAAUACAUGUAUUAUACCUUCUGGAUACUUGUUUAGCGGUUCCUUUCCAUCUUAUCACUUUCUAGCUUUCUAGAAUUCGUACGCGUUAACUCGUUCCUGAUGCCUAUUCUAAAGGAUUGCCAACCUAGGGUACUCUUCUCUCAUGUAUGAGUUGCCAGCAGUUGAUAGCUCGUGUAGUUGUUAAGUCAAGUAUCUUCUUUUCAGUGGCUCCGCGUGUGUUUGCAUAGGUCACAAUUUAAAUAUCCAAUUCCCGUAGACUCUGCUCACCUUGGUAUUCAUGCUUCCCGGGAUCCCCUACAGUGAUUUUUUGGUUUCCUAAGAGUGCUUUGAUCCAAUAUGUUGGAGCUGUUCUGGGGAGCUUCUGCAUCAUUUUCCCAUGUCGUUCAGAUAAUUAAGCCUUUGUCUGGUAUGUCGUAAGAGCAUGUAUGCGGAUGGUGUAAGAUUAUGCUAUGGAAAUGUCAGAAAUAUCCCGAAUUUUGUACGAGACACGAGAAGUUUAGCCGCUGUAAAACGCGUACAUCUGAGUUUAAUAUUUGAAAAUCUUCAGGAGAUACUGCGUUUGUCUACAUGGCAGCAUUUCAAGAUCUCGACUGGUCGUGGCUCAAAGAAACUAGCCAGCGGCUCACAGAAUCCAGCUUUUCAGCUGUUAAGCAGCUAUUUGAACCGGGAUAUACUGAGAAUCUUCUGGGGAAAACCGUUACCGAUGCCAUUCGCGGUCUUGUUGGCAACGAAUAUUUGUCUACCGGCGCCUUUUUACUUAUAUGCGGCUCACUACUCGGCCCUUCACACACUGCUCUGUCCAACUUGCAAUCGCGUAUAUGGAACGCUGUGUCGGUUAGCGUAACAAUAGAAGAACGAGACGAAGUGUAUCAGGCUGUUGAAGAAUUCUUAGCAGAUAUAUCAAAACAUCACGAAUUCAAUAAUCUGCUUGCAACGACGAUCGUAGGGUCAAAUCUUCAGCAGCGUAAAAUACAAAGCGAUGGCCAAACUAGUUCAACUGUAAAGUAUACGCCAGGGUAUGGGAGCCAUAGUAUUCAUUUCAAGGGAAAGAAGAUCCGGAUUCGCAAAGACACCUUGGAACAACAUUCACCGUCCAAUGAGCCAUCGUUCCCUUUCCAGCGGGCGACACAUCAAAUUUCGAAUAAGACCAUUAGGCUAUGGACGUUAUCGAGAAGUCCAACUUGUCUCCAAGAACUUGUUGACACAGCCAUCAAAUCAUUUGAGAAAAGACAUGAUGGAAAGAUACGGAUCUAUCAAUACAUCAGCCCACACCACCGAUGGUCUUCGACAUAUUACAAGGAGAUACGGGAUUUAGAUUCGGUGGUUUUGCCAGUUGGGUUAAAAGAAGAUCUCAUAGCAGACAUAAAGCGUUUCUCCGCAUCCAGCAAAUUAUAUCAACACCAGAACAUUCCUUAUCGACGCACGUACCUAUUUGAAGGUCCUCCAGGAACAGGAAAAUCAUCGUUAGUACAGGCUUUGGUUACCUACUUUCGCAUGCAUAUAUGCACUAUCAACCUUUCCGACCCAACCUUAACGGAAGCAAACUUGAAUUCAAUGAUGAACACCAUCCCCCAAAACUCAGUGAUUUUGAUCGAAGAUGUCGAUGCUCUUGCCUCAAUGUCCAAGUACAUACGCAAUGGACUUAGCUGGCACAGUAUUUUGAAUUGCUUGGAUGGGGUAACAUCACAGGAAGGCACAAUUGUUUUCAUGGCUACAAAUUCAGUUGAACUUUUGGAUGCUGCGCUUCUGCGACCAGGAAGGGUUGACAGACGGAUACCAUUCAACUUAGCUGAUGACUUUCAGAUUCGGCAAAUGUUCAUGAACUUUUUUGGGCAGCGUCAAAUCAACCAGUCUACUGACGAUACUAGCACAGCCACCUAUGGAUCUAUUGCAAGCUUCUUAGGAAUGAAACGCAAAGUGUCAUCGAUAAGCGACGAAUCCAGCCAUAAGAUGCCAAAAUUUUCAAAAAAUGACCUCGAGUUUUACAGUAGAUGCUUCGCAAAUUAUAUUCGGCCAUACACCGUUUCACCGGCAGAAAUUCAAGCAUUCUUCCUCAGCUGCAGAGAUGAUGAUAUUGAAGUCAUUGCUCAUAAAGGAAACGAAUUUUUGGAGUUCAUCAAGUCAUUGCGCCCAUCUUUAUCAAAAUCUACCAACCAACCUCAUCCUGUUGAUCAGCUUGUGGUCGUCACUUCGCAAACAACCCCACUGCAUUUGAAUGUUCAAGAUGUAACGUCACCUUCUAUCCCGCGAGUAACACCAACACUACCUAUUUACCAACAAAAAGCAACAGAAGAAGAUUUUGACCCUUCUUCCGAGGAGUAUGAGCAAGAUGAGCUCUCACAGGAAGAUACUGACAGCCAUCGACAUGAUUCUGAAAGUGAAGAAGUGAUAGAAGAAGAAGCUCUUUCUAUGACUGAUGGAAGUGAUGAAAAUUCAGAGGAAGAAGAGCUGGCUACGGAAGAUGAGGAAACAGUUGAUGAAGAAGACGAAGAGCAAAUAGUAGAAAUGUCAAAAAGUACUGUGAAGGAACCAAGCGAUGACAACGAUGACCUUGAAAACGACGAGGAAAUAGAAAACAGAAGCGAACCUUGUGCCGAAGUCGAAGCCAACGUUAAUAUAACAGCUGAAACCGAUGUUCACGGCGAAAAAAUACUUGAAAUUACCCCUCACUUCGAAGUGGAAGUCAAAGCUACCGAUAUAUCUGAAGCUGAACCAGAGAAGCAAUCACUGACCACUGGACUUCCGACGGCAUCUGUUUCUGAGAGGAUACCACCACCGGACGAGACUGAUGUUAUUAAGGAACCUUUGGGUGAAUUAAAAGAAGUGGUGCUAGAUGGCAAUAAUACGUCCACCGAUAACCAAGAUGAUUCAGAAGGCAACAGAUCUGAUUCCGAACAAUCUGAGCUGGAUCUCACUCCUACUGGUAAACAAGUCGAGUGUAUGCCAUUUCCUUCUCCCAAGAAACAGGAAAAGGUAGUAGCGGAUGUGUUAAAGCACAAAAUGAGCCGGGGUCUGUCAUUUAUGGAAGCAACCGAUCUCAUUUUCAAGGAAGGUAUACAAGGGGUGGAGGCAGCCGUGAUAAAUCGCGUUUUAGGGGAGAAGUCUGUCACGCCGAUUAAAAGAGCUGUAAAUCGAAAACCAAGCUUUCAUGCCAAGCGAGCAAGCUACAAAUUCAACAGGCGCCUCAAAAGAGAACGAAGCAAGCAAAAGAUGAUUUCGGAUGAAAACGAAUGGCGGGAUGAAAAACCGGAUACAAAGCUUAAGCGAGAAGAGGAGAACACAUGUUUGGAGCCCGCAGUCAACAAAGAUUUGGCUGGUAAAGCGCGGAAAAAGGUCCACUACGAUAACGAUAGCCCUCUACGAAAGUUUGCUAGCUCCCAAAAGCACACAAGCUUACAUAAAGCCGCCAAUUUGCCUACUCGUUCUGGGAGAAAGUCAUUGGCGAAGAGUCCAAAACGUGCCACAGCCAAUACUGAUCCUGAAGAUAGUAGCGAAUACGACUCAGGUACCGAGCGAGCAAGAAAAGAGUUGGACGACUUUUUGCAGCGAAAGGCUAGUACUUGUAACAAAGGUGUCAAGGCGGAGAAGAAGUGAAGAGCUACAGUACCUUAUACGUAACUAAUAUCGUACCCAUUGGGGGGCACUCAUGCUUGACGUGAAUAUUGUCUCUUCAUUUUUUUUCUCAACUUUUUUGUUAAUAUCAAAUCUUUAAAUUAAUGCACAAACCGAUUUAAGAAACAUUGUAUAGGCUGCAAUUGCCUGGUACUUCCUUUUGCCAACGACAAUAUUCAGAAUUUCUCUUACUCUACAGCUAAAACUCGAC